CUGAAGGCAAUUGUGUCUGAGACUUGAGCAACUUUAUUUUAGUUGGAAAGCAAAUACUCACCGUCAUCUGUCACAACAUUUUAAAACCAAAUAGACAUGCCAAUAGCUGAUGACAACAUGGCAGUUGGAAGGAACAUGUCGUUUCGCAGUGUUGGAAGUCUGAUGCGGAGUAAAUCUGAGGGCAAUUUAAUUGAUCUGAGUGACAAUACAUCAUCCAGUGAUAACUUGAAUGGUGGCUUUGUACCAGAGAGAAAGCAGACGCCUGAUUGGCAGUUUUUACAUUCAGAAAUCUCUGAAUCCUCUCAAGUCAAAAACCCUUUUUGGAAAAAUCUAUCUAGAUCCAACCCAUUCCUUGAUGAUAUUGUUCACAAUAGCACGGAUAAACCUUCUUCCAAUGGGUCACAAGUACAACAAGGAGGAACGGCACAUUCAGAUGAAGGUCAUGAUGAUGGUACCAGCACAUCUUCGGAUGAAGGCAGCGUCGGGAAUCUUUAUGGGAACAGACACAAAAUCAGCAACCAGUCUGGGAGAUGGAGGAGUGCUUCAGACAUUCUGGGUGAUCUAGAGAAAAAGGGGCCAAAACAUAAGAACAACUCCAGACCACCUGGACCUGUGCUAAACCCAGACUUUGAGUGGCUGAAAAAUGACAGAGAAGCCUAUAAGAUGGCAUGGCUGAGCCACCGGCAACUGACCCGCUCCUGUCUGGACCUAAAUGUGAUGAGCCAGAGCCCUGGGUGGGCCCAGACCCAGGCCACCAAUUUUCAAGUUAUUAGCAAGAUCAGCCACAGUGGAGGCUCUGUACAGCUACUUGAAUCCAAAAUUACCAUCCAUGUCCCACAAGGACACGUUCUCCCUGGAGAGGUUCAGGAAGUGACUCUGAAAGCUAUGCUGAACCCUCCUCCUGGACUCAACAAUAACUACAUGACGACAAUGAGCCCACUUAUCGAGGUGCUGCUGACUAACAUCAACACAAAGGAGUGCUUGUCCAUGGAGAUGAAACUCUCAGGAGAAGUAAAGGACAACCCUGAAAGUCAGGUGAUGACUUCUGUGUUUGGAAUGGUGUCCAACAAACGAGAGGGGCCAUACUUCAAAAUAAAUGACUGCGACGUUAAUAAGAGCUUAAUAUGGAUGAAACUCCAGGACCUGAAGACACAUUUUUUUGUGAUUGCAGUGGCGGAGGCCUCUGCUCUGCAGCCAACCACCACAUCAGUUUGGGAUUACCUUGAUCGGCAAAUCACCAUUGCAGUCUACGGCCCAAGGUUCAUCCAUCCGUCGUUCAAGGUGGUAAUAGUUGUCUGCUGUCACGAAGAUGUUCCACCUAAGCUUCCAUUCUCGGAUGUCUGCAAAAGCAACAAAAUCCUGCCUCCACUUGUGCUGCAGCUUUGGGGAAAACACUCCUUCAAACCAGAGGAGUUGAAGGACUUCAUUGUAGGGGUGGAUGUCAUGGGCUCAAAAUUUGGAAUCAAUCACGAGGACAAAGUGAAACAAGUGAGGCACAGUCAGCUCAAGAUUAGGACAAUUUUGCAUCUGCCAGUGGCAAUAUCUUGCCCCAGAACAGCAGAGAUGACUCCUUUUCAGUUAGACAUUCAAGUAAAGGAAUCAAACUUGUCCUCUACUGCAGCUGAUUUUCAGGUAUCUUCCCCUCCUGCACCGCCAAUCAGGUCAGAGAAGAGGCAACCAAAGAAUGUGGAAAGGAAGAUUGAAAUUGCAAAAACAUUUCCUAUUCCAGAGGAAGGCGAUCCAGAUUUACCCAAAUUCAAAGACAUGCCACUGAACCUGCAGUGGUAUGGGGUUGCCCUGAAGUCAGUUUUCCGUCAGCCACACGUAGAAUACCUCCUGGAGUAUCUUAAGGGUGAAACUGUGGCUCUACUUUCUAGAGAGACUGUCAGGUCAGUUGGUAAUUUGAAGGUGAAAGAGUGGUACAUCGGAUUCCUCAGAGGCAGAAUUGGCUUGGUCCACUGCAGAAACAUCAAACUCAUAGCAGUGGACCAGGUUAUGGACUUCACUGCGGUUCAAGUCACCACAGCAGUACUUUUGAAUAACGUGACGCGGCCCUUCAAGAAGCUUACGUACAUGUAUUCUGCCAUCCAGACAUUAGUCACACAGCAUAUCACAAGUUGGAGAGAUUUUGCAGAUGCUUUACAGUACAAAAACCAGCUUCUGGACACAAUUAAGCGAAGAUAUGCAGAAACUGACACUGAAAAGGUGGCUUGUGUUCUGGAAAAUCUAAAGGAGGACUGCCACGCUGAGAGGUCUAGGAAGAAGUUCUUGCAUGAACUAAUGGUGGGACUGCUGAAGAUGAACAAUGUGAAUCUUGUGGCUCAGCUCAUUCAGAACACAGUCAUUCUAUCUACAGCUGUGGAGCUGGGGAUUCGAUGGCGGGAGUUUGCAGAGAAGAUGGGAAAACUGACCAGCGCUCAGAUAGCUGCUUAUGAAACACCACAUCGAGGGAAAGAUGGUGAAGUCAAUCUGCAGUCCAUGUGGAAGCCUGCCUAUGACUUCUUGUACUCUUGGAGUCUGCGUUAUGGAGACAACUACAAGGACAUGAUCCAGGAGCUGCACCUGAUCCUGGAUAAAAUGAAAAACCCCAUCACCAGACAUUGGAGGCUCCUGACUGGCGCGCUUAUCACAGUGAACUGUUUAGACAUCUUCCAAGAAACAGCUUUCCCAGAACUCUAAAUGCUUUAGACUGUUUUGCUAAAAACAAGUUUUCUGCACAUGUAAAAGCACUGAACAUGUUAUUUAUUGACAUCUUUGCUAAAGACACAAGUCAGAUGAAAUUGUCUGAAACACCAGUGCUACAAGCCCAGACAGGUGGUGAUUAUAAAGUGUUGAAAUUGUCUGUUGAAAUGUCAAAUAUCUUUUAGAUUUGCUUGGAUCAAAUCGGUGAUGUAAUCUUUUGACUUAAAAAAAACAAAAAAACAGGGUCUUUAACAUUUACUUUUUAUGCAUUUAAAUGAACAGUAAAACAUACUGAUACAAGUUAAAAAUAUUAAUAAAUGUCAUGAAAGCUGCAGUACAAAGAGUCUUAAUAUCUUUGUUGGUUUUUGUUCAGGUUUGCGGUGAAAAUAAAAGUGUUUAGCCAAAGUUAAAGUUAUAUAAGAUUAGUGAACAAAAGAAGGUGCCUCUUAUGUGUCAUAAACUGUUGUUUUGUAUAUUUCUGUACAAUUGUUAUACUGUAAAGCUUUAGAGAAUCAGAAAUAUAAUUUAAUUAAAAAAAGUACAUCAAGCUA